AUGGGCAAUUGCUUUGCUCUCUGUAAAACCAUUAAGAACUUCUGUGCAGGAGCUUCCGCAAGCAAGCAUCAAAAAGUUUUGCAGGUUGUGAAGAUGGAUGGAAAGAUCUUUGAGUUCACAGAACCAAUUGUUGUGAAAGAUUUACUGGUAAAUUUUGUGGGUUUGGGUGUUGGUAAUUCAAAGAAAGCUUCCCAGCAUCUUCCUCCUAGCUACGAGUUGAUGUUAGGGAACGUAUACUAUCUUCUUCCUUUGGUGGGCACUGUUCAGACUACUGUUAGCCCUGCUGGUGUCUCGCCACCGGAUAAAAGAGAACAAGAAGGUAGUGUUAAGAGGAUUAAAGUUGUAAUAACAAAGCAACAGCUUCAAGAAUUGUUAUCAAAACAGAUAUCAGUUCAGACGGUGCUGUCAGGGCUUGAGAAGAAGACACAACUUUCGGGUGAUUCUUCAAUUAGUUGGAGGCCUAACCUUGAAUCCAUUCCCGAAGGAAUCGAGGUGAACAUGACUAUUGAGAACAUCAAACUAGUCCCUUUUGGCAGGAAAAUCCCCGAUUGGCUCACACUUGGGACAACAGGGAUGUUCCUUUGA